AUGGCAAAUCAGGAACUGGCAUGCGUUUAUGCAGCACUUAUUUUGCAAGAUGAUGAAGUUGCAAUUACUGGUGAUAAGAUCUCAACGAUCUUGAAGGCUGCACAUGUUGAUGUGGAACCAUUCUGGCCAGGAUUGUUUGCUAAAGCUCUGGAUGGAAUUGACGUGAAGUCAUUGAUAACUAACAUCAGUUCAAGUAUUGGUAGUGCUGGUGGUGCAGCAACAGGAGCAGCAGCACCUUCUGCAGCAGCAGCAGUAGCACCUGCUGCAGCACCUGAAGAGAAGAAAGAGGAUAAGAAGAAGGAAGAGCCAAAAGAGGAGUCAGAUGAUGAUAUGGGUUUUGGUCUUUUCGACUAA